AUGGUGGACCCGGUGCCUGAAGAGGAGAAGGCGGGAGCCGAGCCCGGCGGCUCAGGAGGGGAAGGGGCCGCGGCGUCCACGCCCCCUGACGGCCAGGGCGCCCAGCAGCCCGCGGCCUCCUCUGCCUCGGCUUCCGCUGCGGUGCCCCGCAAGGCAGAAGUCCCGUGCGCGGCAGAAGGAGAAGGCGGGCGGCGGGAGCAGUCCCCGCUGCUGCACCUCGACCUCUUCAAUUUCGACUGUCCAGAGGCGGAGGGCAGCCGCUACGUGCUGACCAGCCCCCGCUCGCUAGAGGCCUGCGCCCGCUGUGCCGUCAAGCCGGUGGAGCUGCUGCCACGGGCCCUGGCCGACCUGGUGCGCGAGGCCCCGGGCCGCUCCAUGCGGGUGGCCACCGGCCUGUACGAGGCGUACGAGGCAGAGCGGCGCGCCAAACUGCAGCAGUGCCGGGCCGAGCGCGAGCGCAUCGUGCGCGAGGAGAAGAGGCGCCUCUUCACGCCCUUGGGUCCCGCGGCGGCCGCGACCUCGGCCCCAAGCGCGGGCAGCAGCAGCAGCUGCAGCAGCGCCAGCCUCCCGGCCUCGCCCGCACCGCGUGCGGCCCGCAAGGCCUCCCCCAGUCCCUCUUCGGCCCAGACCCAACCUCCGCCCGCGGGCUCUCGGACAGGCAGGAAGAGCCACUCGCUAGACUCGCUGUCCCGCCGGCGCGAGGGCGCCCUGAGCUCCGAGUCCGGCGCAUCGUCGUCAUCCUACAGCGGGGAGAGCCUGCGGGAGCUGCGCUGGCCGCCGCGGGCCUCAGCCAGGAAGAGCUGUCCGGCGGGGUCGACGUCCUCUGUCCCCAACCCUCUUGGCCGCCCGUCUGCCCUGGCCCUGGUUCCGCUUACGGGCCGCAGCUUCAGCCUCGGCGACCUGAGCCACUCGCCGCAGACGGCCCAGCACGUGGAGCGCAUCGUGCGCCAAGUGCGUGCCGAGCGGGGCCUGCGCGGGGUGCCAGAGCGCGACCGGAAGAUCGCGGCGCUCAUGCUGGCGCGGCACCAGGAGGAGCGCCUGUUGCUGGAGCAGCGUGCCGCGGCCCAUGGCCAGUGGGAGCAGCAGCGCGUGCGCGCCGAGCAGCGGCGGGAGCGCGAGGAGCGCGAAAAGCAGCGCACCCUGGAGCAGGGCCGCCGGGCCUGGGCCGCGCAGGUGGAGGAGCGGCGCGGCCGCCGUGGGCGCGAGGAGCGCGAGGCGGCGCGGCGGCGGCAGCGGCAGUGCGAGCGCAGCGAGGAACGGCGGCGGGAGCUGGCCGAGCGCCAGGGCCUGCUGCGGCGGGAGCGGGCGGAGCGCGCGGCCCGGGAGGACCGGCUGCGCAAGCUGCAGCAGGAGCAGAACCUGAAGCAGCGGGAGGUGGGCCUGCAGGAAGGGCGCGAGCGGGUCGAGCAGGUCCGCAGGGAGCGUGCCCAGCGCGCGGCCUGCGCCAAGCAGCGGCAGGAGGGCCAGCUGCAGCGGGAGAAGCGGGAGCUGAGCCGGGCCGAGCGGGCGCGCCACGAGGCGCUGCUGAAGGGCAGGGCCCGGCAGCAGCACGAGGAGCGAGAGGGCCUGCGGAGCUCCCUAGAGGCCAGCUUGGGCCGCGCACAGGAGAACUACGAGCAGUUGUUGGAGCAGCGCACCCGGGAGCUGCGGGAGCGGGCCCGGCGGGAGGAGCUGCAGGGUCGGCGAGCCAAGGAGGCGGCCGAGCGCAAAGAACGGGAGCAUCAAGAGCACCUAGAGGCGCUGGCCCGGGCCGGCGAGCGACGGCUGCAGCACGCGGCGCAGGUGGCCGAGGAGGCAGUGCAGCAAAAGGCGCGGCGGGUGGGCCAGAGCCGGCUGGAGAAGGAGCGGACCCAGCGCGCCAACAAGGAGAAGGUGGAGAGGGACGAAGACUGUCGCCGGCGGGAGCUGCUCCAGGCCAUCGGGCGCAAGCUGGAACGCAGUGAGCAGCUGUCGCGGGAGCGGCGCAACGCGCUUGAGACCGCCCGCUCCACAGCCCGGGCCUCCUUCCACGUGCGCGAGAAGGUGCGCGCGGAGACCAACACGCGCUCCUUCGACCGAAUGGUGCGGGAGGCCCAGCUACAAGCCAGCCUGGACCGCAAGUGA